AUGAACAAUCGUCAUCUGCCGGCUGGGCAAGCCAUGCCGGGGGUUGGAGGUGCUGGAGGAGUUGAUAUGGGUGGCGGGCCUGGAGGAGGUAACAGGCGGAGGAUGCAGCAGCAACCGACAUACGCGCAGUAUCAGCAGCAGCAAUACCAACAGCAGCACAUGCCCAUGUAUCCGAACUACAUGAACCCCUACGCCGCGGCGCCGUACUACCAUCAGCUGCCGCAUCAAUACCAGAACGGCGGCAUGCCUUCAGGCUACAUGCACUACCAGCAACAGCAGCCCUACGUUCGGUCACCACAGGCGAUGCCUCAGUAUGUUCCCAUGGCCGGCGUCAGCGUUCCACAGCCGUACACCCAGCCGCCUCAACCGUCUCCUGCGCUGUCGACGCCGUACCAACCGCCUCCUAUGCCCACUGCCAUCCCUGUUCAGUCGCCUCCUCCGCCUCCUCCGCCUCAGCCCAUUGAGCCGACUCCUGAGCCUUCGGUGGUUGCGCCUUCAGUUGUCGCCUCUUCAGUCGUUUCGUCUUCAGUUGUCACGCCUUUUGCCGAGCCUUUCCAUCCUUCAGUACCUGCCGCCCCAAUCCCGCAGAGUCCGGAGCUUCCUAAACAGAACAAGGAAUUCCGGGCACCGCCAAAGCUCCCGUGGACGCCACCUGACCAGGCGCCGUUUCCGAGGAGAGCUCCCAAGUCAAGACGGCGAAGAAGAUUGAUGAGCGCAAACGCUCAAGAUCUGACACUGCCCGUGGAACAACAUGAAGGCGCGUUGGAGUCCAACGCUUCGGCCAGUCAGUUGCCCGCUGAGGCAAGUGCGACUGAGGUGCGUGAUACGACGCCUGGCUCGGCAGUGAAGGCCCAAUCCAAGAAGACGGCAUUCUGGAACUCGAAGGACACCGACUCGGAGAGCGCCACUCUCCAAGCGGAUUCCUUGACUUCUGAGACUCCUAAGGAGAGUGACAGAUCGGCAACCAGUGUGUCAAACGCGGGAAGCCCUAAGGCAAAUGCGCCUGCCUCAGACCGUGCCGCACCCCAGACACCCAAGGAAAGCGCGAGACCCACGACAAGCUCCUCCAACGUUUCUGCCUCUCGCCCUACUGUUCCCAUCAUCCCGGUUGUUCCCGUUCUUCCCAGAAGUAGCCCCAAGGAGACCAAGCCCGCUAGUAUCAGCAAGUCUGCUGAAGAUCCGAAGCAGCCCGCAACCCAGGAGACCAAGUCUGCAGAGGUAGCGGAGACAACAGAUGCCACUGGUGCGGAGCAGAAGGUCGGUGACCAACCGGCGGCCCCCGUGAAGGCAGCCCCGAAGACGUGGAGCGGGCUCUUCUCUGCUGCGGCUGCCGCAGCUUCCAAGUCCCAGCCCAGUGCCGAUGACCCUGUUGCUCCGGCGGCGACCAAUGGAGCGGCCACGAAUGGGGACGGUGCGGUCAACGGUGGUGCUUCCAGCUUUUCGGCGGGAAACACAAACACUCUUGCUGCUGCUAUCCAGGACUUCCGCGUCAGCAACCCUGCCAAGGUCCAGUUCAUCGAGCCCAGAGGCCUCAUCAAUACCGGCAACAUGUGCUAUAUGAAUUCAGUUUUGCAAGUUCUCCUGUUCUGUGCGCCGUUCUACAACUUCCUGGACCAGGUCAGCAAGAGAGCCGUCCACAAGUUCAAAAGCGAUACGCCCGUCAUUGACGCCAUGAUCAUGUUCAUGAGAGAGUUCCGGGUUAUCGACGCAACCGAUUCAGUCGAGAAACUUCGCCGCAAGCUCAAGAGCGAACAACUGGAGCAAUACGGCGAAUCGUUCAUUCCGGAGUUUGUCUACAAGGCUAUUCAGCCCCUCCCAGCGUUUGCGAGCAUGAGGCGCGGUCACCAGCAAGAUGCCCAGGAGUUCCUUGGCCUGAUUCUGAAUGCCAUUGACGAAGAGUGCGCCCAGGUCAUGUCAGCUGGUGGUCUCGCUAAUGGCUCUGCCGAAACGAGGCCGACAUCCUCUGCCGCCAGCGCUGUCGAGUCAACUGAUGGCGCGGAGGGAUGGUUUGAGGUUGGGUCCAGACAGCGGGCCGUUGAGACGCGCUCAUCUGGGGCCAGCUCGACAACGCCCAUCACUCGGCUUUUCAGUGGACAGUACCGCUCGGAGCUUCGUCGUCCUGGUGUCAAGGAUUCGGUUACCACCGAACCCUUCCAGUCGCUGCAGCUUGACAUCGGCGCUCCUUACAUUCACAACGUUGUGGAUGCCAUCAAGGGUUUGACGGUGCCUGAGAGACUGCAAGGCGAUGCUGCCCCUAUGACGAAGCAGACGCUGAUUGAGACGCUUCCCCCCAUUCUUAUCCUUCAUCUCAAGCGCUUCAAGUUCGACACCGAGGGAACCACGAAGAUCGGAAAAAAGGUUGGAUACCCGCUUGACUUGCAGCUUCCGGUCGAGGUUCUUUCCAAAAGACGACGCAACGCGCUUGUUGCAGAGGGUGCGCCCAUGCCAAAGUACAGACUGAUCGGCGUCGUCUACCACCACGGCAAACAAGCCAACGGCGGCCACUACACGGUGGAUGUGCGACGGCAAGACGACAACGAGUGGAUCCGGCUUGAUGAUACGGUCAUCCGACGGGUCCGUAGUGAAGAUGUGGCUGAGGCCGGUGCCGAGGAGGAGGUCAAGGAGACUGGCCGAUCCGGCCCUGCCUCUCGCGACGCAUCGGCCAACCGGUUCGGUGCCAUGGCCGAUGAGGACGAGGGUGACGGUUGGAAGGAGGUCACGACAUCUACCAGGGGCGGUGACAAGAGCGGUGAAAAGAAAUGGAGCGCUGUCGCCAACGGUAAUGGCCUUGCUCCCAAGGGCAAGUCGGCCAAGGACAACAUCAAGGAUAACAAGGUCGCGUAUCUGCUAUUCUACCAGCGCAUCUGA